AUGGCGUGUGUAGGACCGAGAAUUUGCCUACCAAAUGCAGAUUUUUUUAGGGAAUUGAAUAAUUUUGUGAUAAACGCCGAGCAAAAUCGUGCAGCUUGUGACUCGCUCGACUUUUAUUGUCGAAGAUUAGAAGAGUACCAACAUACACUAAGCGUUUUAACAAGGAGGAUUAAUACGAAGUCAUACCACACUGAACAAGAACUCAUAAGCGAUCUAGAAGUUCUCCUGAAUUGUUUGAAUACUUUUCGAAAUCAAUUUGAAGCUCUGUCUGAAAUCUUUGAUCGCACCUGCGCACAGAAUUUACUGCAAGAGUCUUAUGACCAAAGUAUCUUUUGCCUGAACACAACGGUAGAGUGCGAAGACCAAGGAUACAUGUAUAAACGCAAGAGCAAUUAA